UUGGAUUACGUAGGGGAAGAGAUAGUAUAAAUUUCUAUCUUAUCAUGAAACUAUUAUCCAAAGGACAAUUAAGACUCUGUGUUGUUCAACCAAUACAUCUUACAUCAGGGCUUCUCAUAUUUUUUAUCCUGAAGUCUAUCUCAUCUCUAAAACCUGCCCAGCUUCCAGUUUACCAAAGAAAACCUUUUAUAGCUGCUUGGAAUGCCCCAACAGAAUUGUGUUUGAAAAAAUAUAAUUUAACACUGAAUUUAAAAGUGUUUCAGAUGAUUGGAAGCCCUAGGCUCAAAGACAGGGGGCAAGAUGUUACUAUAUUUUACGCCAACAAAUUAGGCUAUUACCCACGGUACAUAUCAGAAGGGGUCCCCAUCAAUGGCGGUCUUCCCCAAAAUACAAGCUUACAUGCACACCUGGAAAAAGCCGCCCAGGAUAUUAAUUAUUACAUCCCCACUGAAAAUUUCAGUGGACUUGCUGUUAUAGACUGGGAAUAUUGGCGCCCACAGUGGACCCGGAACUGGAACACGAAGAAUAUUUACAGACAGAAGUCAAGAACACUUAUUUCUGAUAUGAACGAAAACAUACCAGCUGCUGAUAUUGAGCUUUUUGCCAAAGCAACUUUUGAGAAGAGCGCCAAAGCUUUCAUGGAGGAAACUAUCAAACUGGGAGUUAGGAUCCGACCUAAGGGCCUUUGGGGUUAUUAUUUAUAUCCGGAUUGCCACAAUUACAAUUUUUUUGCCACAAAUUAUACUGGGUCAUGCCCAGAAGAGGAAGUUUUGAGGAACAAUAAUCUCUCUUGGCUCUGGGACAGCAGUACUGCUCUGUAUCCCGCUGUUGGUGUCCCGAAGUCCCUUGGAGACAGUGAAAAUACUUUGCGCUUCACACAGUCUCGGGUGCAUGAGUCGAUGAGGAUCUCCACGCUGACGUCACACGGGCAUGCUCUGCCUGUAUUCGUCUACACACGACUUGGCUACAAAGAGGAGCCUCUACUUUUUCUUUCUAAGCAUGAUCUAAUUAGUACCAUAGGAGAAAGUGCUGCGUUAGGAGCUGCAGGCAUUGUUAUUUGGGGAGACAUGAAUUUAACUUCAUCUGCGGAGAACUGUAUGAAGGUGAAGCGUUUUGUGAAUUCCAAUUUGGGGAGCUACAUAACCAAUGUGAGCAGAGCAGCUGAGGUGUGCAGCCAUCAUCUUUGCUGGAAUAAUGGGAGGUGCAUACGGAAGACAUGGAGAGCAUCGCAUUAUCUCCAUUUGAACCCUGAGAGUUACCAUAUAGAGGCCUCUGGGGAUGGAGACUUUGUUGUGAAGGGAAGAGCAUCAGAGGCAGACCUGGCUGUGAUGGCAGAGAAUUUUCUAUGUCACUGUUAUGAGGGAUAUGUAGGGGUUGAUUGUAGAGAAAUGGAAAAGGCCAGCGGGAGCUGUGGGGUUUCCCUUUCCUCUAGCUCAGUAAUAACACUGUGUCUGCUAGUUUUAGCAGGUUAUCAAAGCGUCCAGUUGUGACAUAAUUGACUUUAAAGGGAAUUGUGUCCUUUUAAAUAGAGUGUUAGGGAACAGAUGGAUUUCACAAUUUUUCCCUUAUGAGUUCCCCUGAGAGGUAUUAUAAGUCAACAUAUGUGUCAUAAAAUAAAUAGGAGCCA